UAAUAACACAGGUGGGCUCGAGGGGGCGGUGGUGGACUGUCUGUCAGUGAUUACAUGGACCUGUGAAGUCACGCUUGGGUGAAGUUAGUAAUGAUUCAUCUCCUCGGUUUAAACGUUAAGCGGUGCUCUGGGGAAACAGCGUCAGUCUGACACCAGCUGAGCGGGUCUGGUGACCUUUAGUUGUUGCGAGCCUGGACAGAACAGCGCGAGGAAGGUUAGCCGCUUUAGCUUGAGAGCUCCGGGUGACGGCAGCCGUCAGGAAGAGGCGUCACCGCCCGCACCAGCGCCAGUCGGAGCAGGGCACAAGGGGGAGACGGUCUGCGGCUAUGGCUGCCCUCGGUAACACGGGGGCUACCUCCAGUCCUAUGGUGAUCCUGGCGCCCAAAACGAAGACGAAGAAGAAACACUUCGUGCAGCAGAAGGUGAAGGUGUUCCGGGCUAGCGACCCUGUGCUGAGCGUCUUCAUGUGGGGCGUUAAUCACUCGAUUAAUGAUCUCAACCAGGUGCCUGUUCCCGUCAUGCUGCUGCCCGAUGACUUCAAAGCCAACACUAAGAUCAAAGUCAACAACCACCUCUUCAACAAGGAAAACCUCCCAGGACAUUUCAAGUUCAAAGAAUACUGCCCUCAGGUCUUUCGAAAUCUAAGGGAACGGUUUGGUAUUGAGGAUCUGGACUAUCAGCACAUAGUGAAGUGUCACGGGAACACGCUGCUGCCACAGUUCCUGGGUAUGUACCGCGUCACCGUGGACAGCGAGGAGACCUACCUGAUGGUCAUGAGGAACAUGUUCAGCCACAGACUGGUGGUGCACAGGAAGUACGACCUCAAGGGCUCUCUGGUGGAUCGGGAAGCAAGCGACAAAGAAAGGGUCAAAGAGCUCCCUACCUUCAAAGACAUGGACUUCAGGAACAACAUGCAGAAGGUUUAUGUGACUGAGGAGGAGAAGGAAAAGUUCAUGGAGAAGCUAAACAGAGAUGUCGAGUUUCUAGUGAGGCUGAAGAUCAUGGACUACAGCCUGCUGCUCGGCAUCCACGACAUCGGCCGAGCUGAACGGGAGGAGGAGGAGUGUGAGGAAGAGGUCAAAGAGGAAGAUCCGGAGGCAGAAAACGGCCUUGCACCGGGUCCUACGGUGGGCUCUUAUGGCAACUCUCCGGAGGGAAUCGCUGGUUACAUGUCCUCCGUCAAGCCUCUGGGGCCCGGGGAGUUCGACCCCUACGUGGACGUGUAUGCAGUUAGGAGCUGCCCAGGAGCCCCUCAGAGGGAGGUCUACUUCAUGGGCCUGAUUGACGUGCUCACGCAGUAUGACACCAAGAAGAAAGCCGCUCAUGCAGCAAAAACUGUCAAACACGGGGCUGGUGCUGAAAUCUCCACAGUCCACCCCGAGCAAUACGCCAAAAGGUUUCGUGAUUUCAUCUCAAACAUAUUUGCGUAACACUGCCACAGGUCGAUCCAAUUGAGAGCUAAAAGUCUUCUACUAUAGACUAAAAGUAGUAUGCACACACACAGGUCAUUCUUUAGAGUUGAUGAUCUGAGGCAAGACUUAAGUUGUAGCAAUAUAAUAUACUACUUCUGAUGCAUAUAUUUAUUUUUAAGAUGUAUUUCUGUAGAUGUUAACACUUAAUGAAUUAACUCUGGAGCAAUAGGGUACCUGCUGUUGAUCAGUGUUGAAAGUGUUAAACUGCAUCUGUGUAAGUUCAGAUAUUAUGUCUCUUUCCUCUGCUUUACUUUGGUUUUCCAGCUGUGAACUUAACUUAGAUUGAUUAAACUUUUGCUUUUGCAGAGGAUUAGAUGAGAACACUAAUUUCAUGUGUGAAAUAAAUAGGAGAUGUUGGCUUAAAUAGAAUAAAGGAAGUAGAG